AUGCCGCUAUUCCAACAGCCAAUCUUCCGAAGUGUCACGCCGAAUCCACCUAGCAGUUGUCAACGUUCAGAGAACCGCUUGAGACCUUUGGUCUUCGAGGAGAUUGGACCCUCGCAUGAUAUCCAGCCUAAUACGAUUCCCUUGACCAUAAUGAUCCAGGUCAUCGUGAAGAUGAGAUGCUGCCGCAAAGAGUCGGUAGUGGCUCAUGGGUGCCGCGACAGAUGGAUUGCGAUCUAUCAGCAAAGGGUGGUCUACGCAGGAUUCAUCAAAGCAGCCGAUCGGUUUGAAAACAGCCUGUAUCUCCGUGAGGUUCUUACUGUUGAGUCUUGCGGCGCAGACACGGCUUGGGAUUACGUAGAUUACCAUCAUGAUAGUGUUCUCGAAGCAACAUACAUGACAGUAAUGAUCCCAUUCCUAGUGGAAAUUCAUGAUGCUGAUUAG